AUGGACACUCAAAGACAUGGGGUUAUUCUUGAAUCUGACAAAAUUGCGGAUGAAUUGUAUUACUUCAAAGACAUUCUUAGUGUUGGCGAACCCCGUUUGACUAGACUGCUUAAGGAAAAUCUUUUGAAUGGAUUUGGAUCUGAUUUGUCCACUGUCACUUCGGUAUACAUCAUAUCCCGCCUUCUUCAGGUUGUCUGGGGAAGAAGUGGGACUAACAAUGCCGCUGGAUUUAUUCUUUAUCAUUUUGUGAAGUUAAAUGUCAGAAGUUCGAGUAAAAGGUGUAUUUCUGAUUUCCAUGAUAAACUUGAAAUCCUUAUAAAGUUCUUGGAAAAAUUUCUCUGUCAAGAAUCUACCAGUGUGGAUGGGGCCUAUAUUGGUGCUCAUUGGAAAGAUUUCAUGUCUAGUUUCAAGAUUGUCAGUUCAAGGGGUGAAACUUGUUCCAAAAGCGAGGAUGAGAUGACUGAUCGCACAUCAAAAUCUAAAGCUGAGGAUGAAAGUAUCUUCGAUAUAUUUACGCCCGAGAUUUUAAAUGCACUGCUUUUAGCCUUCCAGCAACCCCUCUCCAUAAUGAUACUAUGGCAUGCGGGGUGGUGUAUGCGAAGGGUACUCUUCCUCGACAAAAGGGGGCUUGACGCUGAUAAUCUUCUCCUAUUCACGACUUCCUAUGAUCAGUCCCGUGUAAAGUUUCUGAAAGAACUUGAUGGAGUUUGGUUUGAUCAUAUUCCAGAUACACUAAUAACAGAAUGGGCAAGCUGUAAAAGAGUUCUUGAUCAGCCUUCCGUACAUAAAGAUCCAUUAUUUAUGUUGGAGCUUGUUCUUCACCAAGAACCGACCGAUGGUCAAGCAUCUUCAUAUUUUGCUUGGCAGAGGAUGGUUGAUGCAGUGAAGUUGCUUACUCAGGCUUUUGUUCUCUUCUUCCAAUUGAAGACAUUUAUUUUCAAUAUUUCAUCGUUUGAGGAGCCAAAAUUGAACAUGAUUUCCAGUUCUAAUGACUCUGGAGUAUUCCGGGCUUCAAAUAUUUCAUCUGCUAGCUUUGGGUCCAAUGUUUCGUUGGAGUCUGGAAUACCUUGUGGAAUUGCAUUUUCAAAUUCUGAAAUUAGGGACAUAUAUGUCAUUCCAGUUGCAAGUGGAAUAAUUGGAAAAUUGCUUCUAGCAGAGAAGCACCCAUUCCGCAGUCGACAUGGAGUUGUGAUUGCAAUUGCUCCGUUGGCAGGGUUAUGUGUAAGUAAAUAUUGCUCUGACCUUUUGCUGAGCUCGGCUUUUAUAGUUUUUGAUGAUCCUAAGAUAGAUGAGGACCACUCCUCAUGGUUGCAUCUUCGAAUUAGAGAGUUUGACCCACAGUUUUAUUCAAUCAAAGCUAGAGGAAACCACCUGAACAUGCCUGAUCAUUCUUCAGAUGGCAGAUGGACCCUUGGUUUUCCAAAUGCAAAAGCUUGUGAGGAAGCUCAAUUUGCGAUUCUGAAUGAAAUAGACAAGCUGAGAUCAGCUGUGAAGUAUAUGCUUGCUCCAUUACUUGAGGAUGAUUUUGGAUUAGCUGAAAACUGA